UAUGGUUUGAACCUUUUUACUUCCCGUAGCGUUGGUGCGUCACGGAGACUGAUGUGAGAAUAUGGCGGAGAUGACAACACUAGAGACCCUGCUGGAGAUGGGCUUCGGCAGGAACAGAGCGGAGAAGGCGGUGGCUCAUACAGGGAACCAGGGAAUAGAGCAAGCGAUGGACUGGAUCGCUGCACAUGAGGAGGACCCAGACAUUGAUGAACCUUACGAAGCACCGGUGGGGAAUGUGCUUGGGGGACAUGGGGACUCGCUGGCCGGCAGCUCGCCGCCGCCACAGGGUGCAGACGAGGCUACGCAAGGCAGCUCUGACAUCACCAACGAGUCGAAGAAGCCGAUGACAGAGGAGGAGAAGCAGGAGCAGGUGAAACGGCUUGAGGAGCUGAUGCGAGUGAAGCAGGCCGAAAGGAGAGAGCGAGAGCGAGCCGAGGAGCUGGACCGAGAGAAGAGCCGCAGGAAGCAGGGCCAGGAGCUGCAGCAGAUCAGACAAAAACUCCAGGAUGAUGAAAUGAAGAAGAUGGCUGAGUCGCGCAGGAGGGAGAAGAUGGAAGACAAAAUGGCCAGACAGCGGGUGAAAGAGAAGAUCGCAAGAGAUCGUGAGGAGCGUGCGCAAAAGUUUGGAGGCGGCGGAGCUUCAUGUGCCCAACCCACUCAACCCAGCCCCACCUCACCCAGCAGCCAGGGCCCCCCUCCCAGCAAGAAGGAGUACGAUGAGUCCAGAAUACAGGUUCGCCUUCUAGACGGCUCCACCAUCAAUGCUGUGUUCAAGGCCCAGGAGCCCCUGGCGGCGGUGCGAGUCUACGUGCAAGUGAACGGCAAUACACCUGAGGGUCAGGACUUCACCCUGCUGUCCCCGUACCCCCGACACGUCUACACUGAACUGGACAUGGAGAAGCCUCUCAAAGAGCUCGGUCUGGUACCUUCAGCUGUGCUGGUGGUUGCCAAAAAGUGACUCGAGGAGCAGCUUCUCUGUGAGUCUACCUCACUUCAACACCAGGAGCCCGCGUCAUUCAGGACCCAGCCAACCCCACUCGCACACAGACCCUGGUGACUGGAUGUUUUCUGAGUGGACCGGCUUGUGUGGGCGCAGAGAGCCGGACGUGGUGAGGGUCUCUGGCUGCUGCCUGAUGCUCCUCUGCUCCUGAAGACAAUAAUGUUUAACAGGCCUUACUUCCACAUUGAUCUUCCUAAAUCUGGGAUCUUCUACUACCAGUUUUUUAUAAGUUCAAAUAUGACAAUUAUUGAAAUAUUCGCCAAAUAAUCAAGUUCAAAUAAAGAACAUUGAGAAACACUCAGUUUAUUUUCACAUUCUGACACCGCAGCUGCUUCUCUCGCUCCAGCCGUUUUUAGUGGAUGCAAAUUCAUGAUUGGUUCACUGUAAAAAUGUCAUGCCUUUGCCUCCACUGUUUUGAUAAUGCUGGAGAAAAAUAAAUAGAAGUUUCAAAACCAAGGAAAAUCAA